AUGACAGUCAAAGCCACUAAAGAGGAGGGAGCGGCGGCCAUGACCGACCUGCUGAAAAGACUACUGGAACAUUGGGCAGAGGAAUCCUUACAACCAAACUCGCCAAUCAACCUAAUCGAAUUCCUCCACGAAUCAGAUGAGGCGGACACUUUAGCCUUUGACGACUUGGAAACAGCGCCCACCGAGAUGGAGGAUGACUACCCCGAGGUCCAGGACCCGUUAUUAGAAAUAAAUGUAGGGACCGAGCCUGAACCACGGUCUCUUUUCGUAAGCCAGCUUUUGAGCCCUGAAUUAGCAGCCGAGAUUAUUGGCCUGCUCCAUGAAUAUAAGGAUUGUUUUGCUUGGGAUUAUCAUGAGACGCCUGGAUUGCUAAGAAGUUUGUCGCCGAGGCGAUUCUCGACCGAAGUACAACUUAAGGUCAAAGAGGAAAUUGAAAGGCUCCUUAAAGCCGGCUUCAUCCGCACGGCUCGGUACGUUGAGUGGUUGGCUAACAUCGUACCAGUUUUGAAAAAGACUGGGGCUUUGAGGGUUUGCAUUGACUACAGAAAUCUAAACCUCGCGACCCCCAAGGACGAGUAUCCCAUGCCUAUGUCCGACCUCCUGGUGGACGGAGCCGCAAAGCACGAGCUCCUAUCUUUCAUGGACGGCCACGCUGGUUACAAUCAAAUCUUCAUAGCCGAGGAAGAUGUCCACAAGACAGCGUUCAGAUGUCCAGGUGCAAUCAGGACUUAUGAAUGGGUAGUCAUGCCAUUCGGCCUGAAGAACGCCGGCGCAACGUUCCAACGAGCUAUGAACCUCAUUUUCCGCGACCUAAUUGGCCGAACCGUCGAAGUCUACAUCGACGACGUUGUUGUAAAAUCCCCAUCCAAAGCCGACCACGUGGGGCAUCUCUGA